GACGUUAAGGAAUUGGAUUAUGAUGAUGCCCAAGAUAAAGAUAAUCCUCAUAACUGGCCAGCAUGGAAGAAAUGGAUGGUUACUUACACUGUUGCAUUCAUGUGUCUUUGUUGUUCACUUGGUUCAUCAAUGUAUACUGGUGGUGUUCCUGAAAUUAUGAUCAGAUUUGGUGCAUCUCAAGAGUUAUCCCUUGCUGGGUUAACCUUUUACUUGAUUGGGUUAGCACUUGGCCCUGCAAUUGCUGCUCCAUUAUCUGAAGUUUUUGGAAGAAGAUGGAUUUAUAUUCUUUCCUUACCUAUUGCCAUGUUAUUCACUAUGGGUGUUGGUCUUGCCAAGAAUAUGGGAACUAUCUUGGUGUUGAGAUUCUUUUGUGGUUAUUUUGCUAGUCCUGCUAUGGCCAUGGGUGGUGGUACAAUUUCUGAUAUUUGGUCAAAAGAACCUGCAGAACAAUCAUUUGCCAUUGCGUUGUUUUGUUUAUGUCCAUUUUUGGGUCCUGUAUUAGGUCCAGUCAUUGGUGGAUUUGCUGGUGAACAUAAGAACUGGCAAUGGGCUGCUUCAUGGGUUUUAUUGAUGUUUUUCGGUUUUGUUUGGCCAUUUGUUAUUUUGUCUCCAGAAACUUAUAAACCAGUGAUUUUGAAAAACAGAGCUAUCAAGAGAGGAAUGAAGGUUAAUGCACCAAAGAUCAAUUCGGCAUUCAUCAAAAGAGUUAUCUUUUUCGAUUUAUUAAGACCAAUUCAAUUGUUAUUCAAGGAGCCAAUUGUCUUCUUCUUUUCUGUUUAUGUUUCUUUUAUCUUUGCUGUGCUUUUCGCAUUCUUUGAAGCAUUCCCAGUUAUCUUUAGAGGUGUUUACCAUAUGGAUUUAGGUGUUUCCGGUCUUACUUUUAUCAGUGUUGGUAUCGGUCUUAUUUUAGGUAUUGCAUUUUACGUUGUCCUUGAUAAGGUCUAUUACUUCCCAAAGAACCCCGAUGGAACUCGUGGUAAGCGUGAUGAAAAUGGUAAUAUUGUUUGGGAUGCUCCAGAAACUAAACUUUUGGUGGCUCAAAUUGGAUCAGUUUUCCUCCCAAUCUCCCUUUUCUGGCUUGGUUGGACUGCAAAGCCUUCCAUCCAUUAUAUGGCCCCAGUAGCUGCUGGUAUUCCAUUUGGGUUUGGGUUGAUCUUAGUUUUCCUUGCUGUUGUGUUGUAUUUCUCCAUGUCAUUCCCACCAAUGAAUGUUGCAUCUGCAAUUGCUGCUAAUAAUUUGUUGAGAUAUUUAUUGGCUUCUGUUUUCCCAUUAUUUACUGUGCAAUGUUAUGAAAACUUGGGUAUUGGUUGGGCCAGUAGUUUGUUUGCGUUCAUUGCCUUGGCCAUGGUUCCUGUUCCAUUCAUCUUCUCUUACUUUGGUCCUAGAUUAAGAGCAAAGAGUAAGUAUGGUUAUGCUGCAUUUUUCAAGAAGUUAGCCGAAGAGAAGGCCGCUGCUGCUGCUGCUGCUGCUUCUGCUGCUCCAGCCGAGAAACAAGAAGCUACUGAAGACGUUGUUUCCGACAAAGUGUAA